UUCAUAAUCUACAUUAAAAAAUAAAUAAUUAAAAAAGGUGAAACCAAACUCUCAUCCAAACUCAUUGCAACUAUAUAUAUAUAGAUAUAUAUAUAUAUAGAUAUAUAUAUAGAUAGAUAGAUAUACAAAGGUGUAUAUUCAUUGGUGGAAGAAGCCAUUCUUGUGGUUAGAGAGAAAGAAAGGAGAGAGAUGGGGAGUGAAGGGUAUUUGCCAUUGUUUGAGACCAAAGAAGCAAAGGGGAGAGCUUUUUAUAGGGUAUUUACAGCCUCUAUUUUUGUGGGGAUUUGUUUGAUUUGGUGUUAUAGAGUGAAAUUUGUACCAGAAGAUGAAGGAGGAAGAUGGGUUUGGCUUGGUUUGUUUGCUGCUGAAGUAUGGUUUGGAUUUUAUUGGGUUGUCACUCAAGCUCCUCGCUGGAAUCCAAUUCAUAGGCGUACCUUUAAACACAACCUCUCUAAAAGGCAUGAGGGAGAGUUGCCUGGAGUGGACAUAUUUGUAUGUACAGCAGACCCUGAGAUGGAGCCACCAGCUAUGGUCAUCAGUACUGUAUUAUCAGUCAUGGCAUACGACUACCCGCCCCAGAAGCUUAGCGUGUACCUCUCCGAUGACGCAGGUUCCGAGCUCACCUACUAUGCUCUCCUGGAGGCCUCCCAAUUUGCAAAGCACUGGAUACCAUUUUGCAAGAAGUUCAACAUCCAACCAAGGUCACCUGCAGCUUACUUUGCCUCACAGUCUUCUGAACAUCAAGACAAAGAAUUUGUAUUUAUUCAGAAACUAUACAAGAACAUGGAGAGUAGAAUCAAUACUGCAGUCAAACUAGGCCGGAUUCCUGAAGAAACACGGUCAAAUAGUGAAGGAUUUUCACAGUGGGAAUCCUAUAUAUCUCGUCGAGAUCACGAUACGCUCCUUCAGAUAGUAAUAGAUGGGAGAGAUCCAAAAGCCACAGAUGUUGAAGGAUCUGUGUUACCAACUUUGGUGUAUUUGGCUCGUGAGAAGAGACCUCAAUAUUUCCAUAACUUCAAAGCUGGAGCCAUGAAUGCCUUGCUUAGGGUCUCAUCACAGAUAAGCAAUGGGCAGAUCAUACUUAAUGUAGACUGUGAUAUGUAUUCGAACAACUCUGAUGCCAUAAGAGAUGCACUUUGCUUCUUAAUGGAUGAAGAGAAGGGCCAUGAGAUUGCAUAUGUUCAGUUUCCACAAAAGUUUGACAACGUAACAAAGAAUGAGAUCUAUGCAAGUAGUUUACGAAUCAUUAGUGAGGUGGAAUUCCCUGGUUUGGAUGGUUUUGGUGGCCCUCUAUAUGUCGGAACAGGCUGCUUUCACAGAAGAGACGUUCUCUGUGGUAAAAAGUACAACAAAGGAUACAGAAAUGAUUGGAACAGUAAAAACUACAGAAAUUCAGAAGACAAUGUAAAUGAACUAGAAGAAAAAUCAAAGCACUUGGCAAGCUGUUCUUAUGAAGAGAACACUCAAUGGGGAAAAGAGAUGGGUUUGAGAUAUGGAUGUCCUGUAGAAGAUGUUAUAACUGGGUUGUCAAUACAAAGCCAGGGAUGGAAAUCGGUUUAUUGCAACCCAGAGAGAGAGGCCUUCCUAGGUGUUGCACCAACCACAUUAAUUCAGAUGCUAGUUCAACACAAGCGAUGGUCUGAAGGUGACCUCCAAAUUCUUCUUUCUAGGUACAGUCCCGUGCGAUGUGCUCGUGGAAAGAUCAACCUAGGCCUACGAAUGGGAUAUUGCAACUAUUGUCUCUGGGCUGUUAAUUCCCUGGCAACAUUAUAUUACUCCAUCAUUCCCUCACUUUAUCUCCUCAGAAGUGUUCCCUUGUUUCCACAGGGUUCAAGCCCAUGGUUGAUACCCUUCACAUAUGUGAUAUUUGCCAAGUAUGCUGCUAGUUUAGUGGAGUUUUUGUUGGCUGGAGGAACAAUACUGGGUUGGUGGAAUGAGCAGAGGAUUUGGCUAUAUAAGAGAACAAGUUCCUAUUUCUUUGCUUUUGUAGAUACUGUCUUGAAGACGCUUGGAUUAUCUGAUUCAUCAUUUGUAAUCACAGCUAAAGCGACUGAUCAAGAAGUCUCCCAAAGAUAUGAAAAGGAGAUGAUGGAAUUUGGAACUUCCUCUCCAUUGUUUACCAUAAUAGCAACAAUUUCUUUGGUUAAUUUGCUUUGCUUUCUUGGGAUGGUGAAGAAAGCAGUAAAGAGUGGCAAUGGUUUGGUAAUGGCCUUUCAAACAAUGGCUUUGCAAGUUCUUCUUUGUGGAAUUUUGGUUCUGAUCAAUUGGCCUUUGUACCAAGGACUUUUUUUUAGAACAGACAAGGGCAAGAUGCCAAUCUCCCUAACAAUUAAAUCCUUUAUAUUGGCUCUAACCACUUGUAUUUCCUUUUCAUUUCUACUUUAACUUGAUCUUUUCCUUUCUUAAAAUUAUAGAUUUUGAAGAUUUGGUAUCUAUAGUUACAUAUUGUUCAUCUUUUCAUUUCUUGGAUCAAUAAAAGCUUGCAAAUUUUGGUUGGAAUACAAUAAA